AUGGAAAAACCAGCAUUGACCCAAGUCACGGCUGGUUGCAAACCCUUGACCACAUUUGUACAGACAGACACAAACUCUUUCAGAGAGGUUGUGCAGAGACUGACAGGCCCAUCAGAGCCCAAUAAUGUAGCCCAACAAGAGAUCCCUGCAACAGGCAACAAGAUAACGGGCCCAAAGAGGCAGACCUCAACACCACCGCCGCCAACAACAACAACAACAACAACAAAGCCCAAACUCCACGAGAGAAGGCAUUACAUGAGGCCCAAGCUUGAGAUAGUCAAGCCCACUUUACAUUUCAGGCCACCUUCUUCACCCACUGAGAAGAACCAGGCCUUGUCACCCUCCCAAGUGGGCCCAAAUUUCCUAUCAAGCCCAUUGGGGACUCCCUCAACAAUAAUGUCAAAUCUGACCAUAGAAGAGAGCAAUAAGAAAGGUGAAUCCGGAAUGGAAUGUGUGUUGAACAGCCAAGAGGAAGAGAGAGCCAUUAAAGAAAGGAGAUUUUACUUGCACCCAUCACCUAAGGGUAGACCACCAGGAUACGCUGAACCAGAGUUGCUUACUUUGUUCCCUUUAACAUCUCCCAAGACAGAUGAGAAAAACCCAUGA